AUGACCAAGUACACUGUGACCGUUCUUUGGCUACUUCCGGUGUUUGCCGCGGCCCUCACGCUCCCGGCGAACGAGAAACCCGGCGGGACCGAGAAUGACCUGAUGGCUACCAUCUACAGCGACUGUCUGAAGAAGGAGUCGAUCAAUUGCAUCAAGUACAAAGUAUUCUCGUACAUGGACAAAAUGCUCGCUGACAAGGAGGAUAUCACGCUCACGGAAGGAAUCACGGUGGUCAAGACAUCGAACGCCGAGGAAGGCGCGCCUAGGUCCAUCGAGUCCAGCGACUUAGAGACGCUGUUGUUCGAUAGACUGGGAAGAUUCCUGAGGACACACACGGUCAAGGUCGAUCUUAAAGGCACCGACAUCCUCGGAGCCAUCGAGUCUGCUGGUCGCAGCUUCGAGGACAUCACCGACAACGCUGUCGAAAGCCGUGGCAAAAAGAAGAAGGCCCAGAAAAUUCUCGGCCCGCUGAUGAUGGCCCUGGCGUUAAAGGCUGCAGCCCUGUUGCCCCUGGCCCUCGGGGCGAUCGCCGCGAUCGCUGGAAAGGCCCUGCUGGUCGGUAAGAUCGCCCUGGUGAUCUCCGCCAUUAUUGGACUGAAGAAGCUGCUCAGCUCGAGCGGAAAGCACGUGACCUACGAGGUCGUCUCGCAUCCCCAUCACAGCAACAGCCACGUAGUCAGCCACGACGAAGGCCACGGUGGCGGUGGUUACGGUGGUGGUGGCGCUGACUAUGGCGGCGGUUACUCAGGCGGCAGCAGUGGACACGGCUGGGCUAGAAGUCUGCCGCAGGACGCUCACGAGAUGGCCUAUCGCGCCCAUCAACCACAACCACAAGCAUGA